UCUCGAAAGGAGUACGAUUUGUGUGAGGUGACGACAGUGACACAUCCCCGCACAGCUCGUCAACCGUGCCGGCCUCCUGUCGCCACCCGCCACCCGCCAAGCCCAGCCCAACCCAACCAACCGCCAGACUCCCGCGCCGAUCCGAUCACCCCGCACCAGAGCCACCAACUAGUCGCCGCCAGCCCCUCCCGCCCCAGCUCAGAUCCACCGCCGGCCGAGGCACGCAUGCCGGGGCUCCUCGCCUACUCGGGCGCCGGGCUGGGCCUCCUGGCGCUGGCGGCGCUCGAGGCCCUCCAGCCGCGCCUCCCGCGGCUCCCGCUCCUCCCGCGCCGCCUCUCCGCGCCGCCGCACCACCGGGGCCUCCUCGCCGCGCUGCUCUCCGCGCUCUGCCUCCUCUCCGCGCUGCUCUCCGCGCACCACCUCGCGCUGCCCACGCUCGCCGCCUCCGCGCUCUUCCUGCUCCACUCCCUCGCCCCGUUCGCGUUCGCGCCGCUCGCCGCCCCGCCCCCGCCGCCGCUGCUCGACCUCCUCCUCGCCGCGGCCUUCGGGCAGGAGCUCCUGCUCUUCGCGCACCGCCGCCCCUCCACCGCCGCCGGCAUCGAGAACCGCUACUUCGACCUCUUCCUCGUCCCCGUCGCCGUCUGCCUCGGCGCCACCCUGCUCGCCGCGCACCGCCCGGGGGCCGCGCCGCCCCGCCUCGCCCGCGCCGCGGGCCUCGCCCUGCAGGGCACCUGGAUGCUGCAGAUGGGCUUCUCCUUCUUCACCGACGCCAUCGCCGCCGGCUGCGCGCUCCACGCGCAGAGCCGAGCGGACUACACCAUCAAGUGCCGCACCCACGAGGACUACCACCGCGCGCGCUCCGUCGCCACGCUGCAGUUCAACGGCCACCUCGCGCUGCUCGUGCUCGCCGGGGCGGCCACGUACGCUACUGUCAUCGCCAGAGGGAACGGCAGCCCACCGAGCGGCUACAGGAUGCUGGACAAGGAGGUCCAGAUGGAGGGCAUGCCAUUAACAUCUCAGUUCACCCUGGAUUCGGAUGAGGAGAAGGAAGAUGAAGGGAUCACAACCGCAGAGCCACAGGUGGCGAAUGGGGUGAACUCACAUCAGCAGAUCUCCGUGCAGACACCUGAUGAUCCCAAGUGACGGGGAUGGAGUUGGGUGCUUUUGAUGUAGAAUAGCUCAUUCGAGGUGAAUAUCACAGUGAAACUGAAGAGUGAUCCGGCAUCAUGUUUGUGUGUUUCCACUGCAUUUCAGUAUGGUACCCUCUUUUCGAUACUUGAUUGAGAUCACCUUAGGUGUGUGUAGGAGCGUGCACAAUUUGAUUUGCAUACAUCAAAGUUAGCCUUUGUACAAUAUUGUAAUAUCGUCGAUUCAGAUAGUUUUCUGAGGAAUAAAAAGUUAGUUCAUGUUUAA